AUGCCACCGCGCCAUCGAGUGCCUCGCCCUUCGCACCGUGAGCUGGAAAAUGCCAUUCACCCCUACGACAAGCUCGUGAUUGGCCUCCCCACCGCCAUGGAGGGGUGGCGGUGCGCGUACGGGACAGUCAGGGAGUGGUGCAAGCUAGCACCCAACCCGCUCCUCGGUACCCCUGUCAACGUCCUCGGCGAGGAAGGCGGCAACGAUCGCAGUCGCGCGCUGACGCUGCCGUCCCGCCCCGCAUCGGGGCAUCUCGGCGACGCCACGGGUCGCCCUCCUCCAUCGAACGCGCCACACACGCAUGCGCAGCGCUUUCCCCACACCAGCGCCGCUCCAGCAGCCCGAAAGGAUGACGCCCUGUACUGCGACGCCUGUCAGCGAGAGUUUGCCACGCAGGAGAAGUACGAGGCACACAUGGAGACGCAUAUGUACUGCACUGUUGCCGGAUGCCGUUUCACCUGCCGCAAGGGCAAGCCUUGGCGGAUGGAGGAGCACAUGGAGCUGCUGCACAACCGCCCCGAUGCGCCAAACCUGGUGGACACGAACGCCUACCUCGAGCAGCGCAAGCGCCGCUUCCCCACGCAGGACGCCGUAAAGAUGAAGGUAGAGGAGCUCUACUACAAGGCAGCGCGAGGCGUUGUGCUGCCCGAUGAGCGGCGACGGUGGAUGCAGCAGCACGGUAUUGUUAUUCGCAAGCGUCCUCGCACGGAGGCGUCUGUGAUUAUACGCGGCGAACUGCCGGCCGGGUCACAUUCUCCAUCGGCAGCGUCGUCUGCAUCUGCGUCGUCGUCCCGGUCAUCGCGCCGGUCGUCGCGCUCGUCGUCUGAGCACCGCCAGAGGCGCUCCCCCCACCGAAACCCGCGCGAACCUCUGCAGCCGCCGGCGCCAUCUCCCGCAAGCGACGCGGAGGGCGGGCAAGCUCGCUUCAUUCAGCCGCCGUCCGUCCCAUCCUACCAGGAGUCCGACCCCACGGCUGCACCGAUCCAGGCCUCUAACGCGUCUUCACGAGGGUCACCGACAGGGGCCCAGCGCACCGAUGCUGUCGGUCCCGCGGUGACUGCCGUACCUUUGGCAAAGCAGUCGUCUCCCUCGCCGGCUUCGUCGGGUGUCCACGCCGCGCGAGCACAUCCCACGAAGAUAAUCCCUCUUGGGCCCAACGGUACCCUUACCCCGCGGCAGCGCGUGCAGCUCGUACGCGAGCGCUACGCUGCUGCAAAGGAUGUUCCGCAGUUUUACGUCUGCCACCGCUGCGGCAUCAAGGGUGAUCACUGGGUGUCCGACUGCCCGACGAAAGGCGACAAGACGUAUGAUCGGCAUGUUGUGUGGGGCGAGGCAAGGCUGUCUGCGUUGGAGAAGGGCGACAAGUCGCAUCGUGAGAAGGCGGACAAAGACAACAAUGGGUCAGAGCAGCCGGGGUCCGGUAAUGCUCCGCAGCAAGCGGUGGUAGAGACCACGGCGCCAAGCGACAGCGGUGUUGAGCAAGCCGUAGCUGAGCAGGAGCACGACGGUGCGCCAACGCACCCCUUGUCCAGCGAACACCGCGGGGCGGCGCCUGUCGCGCCUCAAGAGGAAGCGAGUGCUACCGCCACACCACCGUCGGAGGGCCCCGCAACAGCAGCGGCCGAUGCCUCGAACGAUCAACGCAGCGAAGACAUGCCACCGGUGCCGCAGUCUGCAGCGCCGCCGGCUGAUGCGCCGAGGGAGGUGACUCGCAUGAUGGCCCCCGUCGCGGCAGCGAGGCACGCGCAGCCGCACCGCCGCGACCCCGCCCGCCGCCCGCCUCCGCCGCCGACGCUUUACGAGCGACUCACAGAGGAGGCGAGGAUAGAUGAGCAGGGGGUGCUGCUGCAGGCGUUGCGCUUCUUCGUCGCUCGCGACUUCUUUGAAGACCGUCCGAAGUCAUGA